GUCCAAUGUGCCCUUAAAACUGUGGGCCAAAUAACUUACCCUCAGUUCUUAUUUGUAACCCCAAGAGGAAGAACAGCGAUUGAGGUCUUGCAGUGGAUGAAGUUAAGCAGACAUGAUGGCUCUUUGGCCUUUAUGGUUGACUGCUUCUUUGGCUCUGCUGGAGGCUUCAACACUGUUUGUGGAGAAAGAUUCUUCUGGCUCUAGGAUCUGUACGCCUGCUCCACAUUGGAAGAUCGCUAACAACGCUCCAAUGAAUGAGCUUGUGGGAAAUGUAGUCGUCGUGGCUCUUCUUAAAGCGAGCUGACACUUCUGUCUCACGCAGGCUGCCAGGUUGGGGGACCUGCGUGACAAGUUAGCUCAUGGCAAUCUGACGGACGUUGCGUUCUUGAUUGUCAAUGAGCAGGAUGCUCAGUCCAGAGCCAUGUACUGGGAGCUCAAGAGGAGGGUGGCAAAGGGCAUCCCUGUGUAUCAGCAAAGCCCACUGCAGAAUAAUGUCUGGGAGAUCUUGGAUGGAGACAAAGAUGAUUUCUUUGUGUAUGAUAGAUGUGGAUAUUUGACCUUCCAUAUUGUCCUGCCAUACAGCUAUCUUACCUACCCUUAUGUAGAAGCAGCCAUCAGGGCCACAUACCAUAAAGACAUAUGCAACUGCUCACUGAGUGUCAAUUCUACGUCAGAGGAUAUAAAAAGCAUGAAAAACAAUAGCCAACAUGCUAAGAAUACAGGGCCUGCUGAAGUUGAGCCAUCGGAAUCCAGUCCUCAACAGAAUCAUCCUCAUCAUCAUCACCAUCAUCAUCAACAUGAGCAUCAACAACCUAACCGUAACAGCAGUGUAGGUGUUACUGAAGUGGCCGGCAAAUCAAAGGACACAACCCAACAUUCUCAUCCAAAACAUAUUACCUACAAUAGAAAGAGAUAGGGAGUGCAUUAUUCUCUUAGAUACGAUCAUAUAGUACAUGACAUGACAGGAAAAGAGGCAACGUACACAAACAUCCACUUGUAGAGACAUGAAGGCUUUGAACCAGAUGAAUGUACACUAUUACACUAUGUGAAUUUGGAAAUAGAUUGGAUUUGCCAUUUUUAACAUAAUUAGUUUGUCUAGAUAUAAAAACCCAACAAAGCUGCUAUUAUAUCAGAUUUUGUAUAAGGUGGGACUUCUGAUGCUUCUGAUGAGUGUUUUCCUCACUGCUCUUAAUGAACUGUGCACUUUAAACCUGGAUCAGGGCCCUGCACACUGAUGUUGAGCAGAGGGAAAAGCAGCACUGUGCAUCAGUUUUCUUUAUCACAUUUCUUAAAGUUGCUGAAACAAAGAGCUUUGCUUAUUGUCAGUCCACAAAAACUGCUGUUUGUUUGUUAAUAUAUCUGAAAUGUUAUGUUAAGUGUGACUUCCACAACCCAGAGUGUUCUCAAAUAAAUUCACAUCAGUACAUCAAA